CAAGGCACAGGAGAUGUUUACACAAAGAAUUGUUACUACAGAGAGGUUGUCGCUGCUUUGAUCAUUGCAUUGUCAUUAUUAAGAGUGUUCCAAAUCGUCUUCAGUGAUUUUGCUUUUCCGCUGUCUCUCUCUCUUCCGGAUACAUUUGUGGUGGCAGCAUCUAUAGAAGCUUUGCAGGAAGAAAAAAACCUUUCUUUAGAGGAAGCACCUGCCAUUAACUCUUGAGACAAAGCAAUGACUGAAUUUCUCUUCUGCUUCAGCUGUUGCAUUGGUGAACAACCCCAACCGAAACGGCGACGGCGCAUUGACAGGAGUAUGAUUGGGGAGCCAAUGAAUUUUGUACAUACUGCACAUGUUGGUUCAGGAGACACAAAUGCAGGAUUUGCAAUGGGUGGAUCUUUCCAGGAUCAGAUGAAAUCAAAAGGCGGUUACACUCCUGGAAUCUCAGAAGUGGCACUUUAGCAUUUAAGACGUUGUCAGGACCAGUUAACUGCACAAAUGAACAUCUCGUUUGAAGAAGGAAAGCCUGUGCAAUAAUACAAAGAUUGUGAGAAAGUGCAUUAAUGCCUUUCCUUUAAUCCGAAAUGGGCUUCCAGCAGUUCAAUGCAAAACUGAAAAUGUGAAGAGUCCUAAUUUAUUACUCUGCUUUUAAACAUUAUGGCACAACUCCUCCUGCAUUUGUAUUAUAGUGGUAUGUGCAUGGCACUUGUAGUUUUGUUAUUCAUUCCUGAGCUGUGCUUUUUGCUUUGACUAAAGGAAGAAUUAAUUCUAUUGCUUUGUAUUGAAAAAGGGCAAACACUCGCACUCCAGUUUAUAUAGAACUGCAACUCCAAGAAAUGGGAUCGCUGGGAGUUGAAUUUCUGCUUCAGUUCCUGUUGUUGCUUAUUCCCUGCUCUUUAUUGUUUGAUUGUCACAGACUGCAUUUUUUUUGUUUCACAGUGAGAUUUAAUGAAACCUUUUGUUUAAAGCUUUAAUAAGUGUUCCUGCUUUUCACGCAGUCAUCUAUGAAACUUUUGUCCAGGAUUUACCUUAGUCACUUAUUCUUCACCAUUAUGUAACAAACCUACAUUUUAUAUUUUGCAGUAAAGUGAUUUAACAAAUCUAUGUACUCCUGGGGCUUAUUGCAGUUUUAUUCAAGGGCAAUUUGUUAUUCAUUAUAGUUGCCCUCUAAAUGUCAAAAUAGCACACUCUGCUUUAUCUGAGCCUUCCUGUAGGCUUUCUAACUGGAAUUAACUAGGCACCAUGUGCUCACCAUGCACUGGAAUUCUAAGCUAAUUGAUAAAUGCAGCUUAAUUGUUAUAACAAACAUCCUGGGAACUAAUUAAAACCUGAGAUUUAGACUGUGGGUUAAUAUUCCAUUAACAAUCCAUUCACUUUUACAGCAAUAAUAAAAAGUCGAUCUAGAAUGUUAACGGCAAAUAUUCUCUCUAGGUUUAGUAUAUACAAGGAGUAGUAUGUCUGUUAUGGAAUAAAGUUGCAAAACUGUUGUAGAUGGCAGAAAUAAGUACAUACCAUCAUCCAAAGUUAUUUGGUUAUUUGCCUCCAUUAUAAAGCACAUAUUAUGUGUAGUGCUGGUUCAGAACAGCCUAUGGUAAAGGCCUGUUUCCCAGCAAGGACGAUGAGAAUUGAUUCUGCAGUUUUUAAUAUUAUCUUCUAACUGCAGUCAUGUUUAAUAUAUCACAUCCCCCUUGUUUCAAUUCGCUUUAGAGUUCUAGUGUGUAUCUGUUUCAGAUAAAAGAUUGUAUACAAGGAUAUAGGGAAAUAACUGUUCAUGAUAUCCUCUGGUAUGAGAAGUACUACAUGGUGUCCCUUUAAAUGUGUUUCAGAAAGAAGUAUUUUCUUUAACUCUAUAAAGUGCACAAAGAGAAUUCUAGGAUAUUUUUUAAUAAAACAAAGUAUAAUAUGUAAGCUAGUUAUAGAGAUAUUUAUUAAAAUGUCACUGAAGCUGCAUCUUGUGUACAUCUCUGUUCUUUCAUGUGUUCCUUGGAUGCAUAGAUAAUUGGGAACAACUAAAUAACAAUCUGUUGCUUUGAUUUUCCUUUAAAGUAGCAUGAACCUUUUUACCUAAUCUGUAUAGAAUGAUUUCUUAAUAACCAUUUUUCUGUCUCAUGUUCUCUAGUUCCAUUGUAUAUAUUGUAUGUGUGCAAAAGGCCUCAACAGAUUCACAUCUUCUUAAUGUUGUAUGCCCCACUCCAUCUGCUGCCAUAAAGCCUUUUCUUCACAUACUGGUGUCUUUCAGGUGUUUUUGCAAAAAAAGGCAAAAUCUGUUCUGUUUUUGCCAAGAAGCUUCCAUUGUUGGUUUUAUUUGCACUGUGCUCAACAGAAGUUUUGUUUGUGUGGAUUGUAACCCCGAGAGCAGCCUGCAUUGAUUAGAAUGAGGUUUUAACAAAUGGUAAAUAAAGAUUAUUUUAGUGAAA